AUGGCAAAAGAAGUUCGUCGUGAGCCUUGUAAACACUGGAGUCUACGUUUUGGUCCUAUCCUUUUGAAUUUUUGGUUCGUCAUAUUUUUGAACUUCCAUUCCUUUGGAGAAGGCUUCAACUUUUGCUUCGACGGAUCUAAAGAAGGUGGGUUUUGAUAAACUGAAAAAUGCACAUGCGUGGCUCAAAAUUCUGAGUAAAAUGUUUCAAAUUUAAUUAUGAGAAGUUCAGUCUAUUCAAUUUUUGGAGAAAAUAUUUACUUUAUACUGAAACAAUGAUCAAAUUUGCUUAUUUGACUCCAGUGUAAAAACUUAUAUAUAAAUGUUCUUUAAUUUAUGUCUAAAUAUGAAAUUUCUAUCCGAGCCAAGACUUGCAAAAUUUAUGUGAAAUAGGGAUGCAAGAGACACCAUAUUGACUGUUUUAAUACUGCAUUAUACUGCAACAUCUUUUAUAUUGAACAAUUAAUAGUAGCUAAGAUAACAGUAACAAUAUUCAUAUGGACCGGGCUGAAAUCUUGCCUCGAAUAUUGUUUUUAUAUGUUUUUGAGAUUUAAUUCACAUGAGAACCGUGCUGGCCGGUUUUCCAGGCUCCCGCUUGAGUGAGACGAGAUCCCGUCUUCUCGGGCUCAUAUCACACACUUAGCGGGCAAAUUUGUCACGCUUAGCGGGCAAAUUUGUCACAUGCUUUUUCUAUCUAUGGAAAGCAUCUAAGAAUUCAAAAAAGUAAGAAAUCAAAAAUAUUAAAACUUCUGAAGCAGUUUCCAUCAAUAAAAAUAGCAUUUUUCAAAAUUAAAACAAAUCUCGCGUUCCCGCCAAUAGUCAUACGGCAAUUUCUUAUAGCGCUUGCCGGGGUAGCUCGCCUAAUGUGAAACAAAUAACAACUUGGCCUGGCUGAAAGCGAGCUAGUCCGGUUUAGCGGGCCAGCCUGGAUCAUAUGAACAGGCCCUAAAUUAAUUGGAACUCACCAGAAAAUUAAAGUCCAUAUAAUGCUUUAACAUACGCGACUGUUAAUUUGCAUGUGUAGUGAGUAUAUUUUAAAUACGGAGAAAAACGCAUGCAUUAUCACAUCAUAAAUGCACGCGACUCGUUUUCUACUUCUUAAUUAAUGAAGACUAACCGAACCGGAGGUUAAAUGCUUACACGAACCAUAUACAUUGGCGGUUUCCGCUUUGCAAUCAAUCUCGAGAAAUUCAUAAGAUAAAGAUAUUGCGCCAUGCAUGCUAUAGAGAAAACACAUUCCAAAUAUAAUAGCAGCUAAUGAGAUUCUUGUGUAAAAGUUACUAUACAACAUGGUCUCAAUUUCGUCAAAUGCAACCCAUGCAAGAAUAGAUUUCUUUCUUUAUACUAAUGACAUAGACCAUGCAAAUCUCGGUAGAUAACCAACUGAGGAUCAAUCUGUUUUAGUUUUUUAUUUUUCAAAAUUAGUCACCUUGUUUCUUCUACUUAUUUUACCGUUAAAAAGGUUAUCGGUUGGACACUAAGGUGAUCAAACAUGUUCACGCAGAGUCUGGACUGGAUUGCAUCUUACAAUGCAGGCUUCAAGAGAUAUUAUGCAGAUCUGCUAACUUCAGAAAAACUUGUGAAGGACAAGAAAAUUGUGAAUUACUCGAAUCUGUUGAUUCAGAAGAACCAGCAGAGAGUUUAAAGAACGAUGAAAAUUUUGAUCACUACAUACUACUUCAACCCAAAAGAGUAAGUAAAGUCAGAAUAUGCUUAUAAGUGUUUCUGUACAUAGAAAUUUCAAGCAGAAGAUUAUAUACAAUUUUUACACCUAUAACCAGGAGCAACUGGGAAAAAUGCAACUAUCGGUCAUCUGGCUGGAAUCGGACAUGCGGCCCUGCGAUUCCGGUUAGGCAAAAAAAUGUAAAAACAACUAUAAAUAAUUUACGUUGUAGACUUAUAAACUUCCGUUGUAUUCAUUUACAUAAUUAUGGAAUUGGACCUAAUUACAGUAAUUUGCACGUAAUUACUUUCCAUUUUAUCAUACAGCUAUUUCAAUUAAGGUUGUCUCCGACAAAGCGAAAAGGUCGAAUAUGAGCGCGAAAGGCUGCUGGGAAUCGCUAUGAAAAUACAUAAAUUUUUUAUUGAUUCCCAGCAGCCUUUCGCGCUCGUAUUCGACUUUUCCGCUUAGCUCGUGGACAACCUUAAUUGAAAUAGAUGUAUAUUGCUAUAAAAAUAUAUUUCUUCGAUUGUAUUGAGCGAGGUUGGUGAUAGCGUAGUCGCGGAAGGCGUUGCGUGCGGCGAUCGAAGUGAAACGAGGUACGGUUCGAUUUAUUUUUGGUACAAGGAUCGACUGUUUUGUGUCUUUCUCCAAAUUUUUUCCCAAUUUUUUUAAUUCUCAAAUUGUUUUCUAGACGUUUACUGGUUGGGGUUAGAGAAGGGCUUGGGGUUGGGAUCAGUUUAUCUUAUAAAUGCAAGCAAAUUGGCGUAUUUUUUAGAAGAAUCGUCUAUCUCUAUGAACUUUUUAGCAGCUGAAAUUGGGAGUCUCUGAUCAAGAAUUGGCCUAUCGUAGUACAUUGCAUAUAAUAUUCUCCAUUAUUACCUUGUUGACUUGAAUUGACAUGCUGGAUUAAUAAAUUAAAGUCAAUAACGAGCCAUAGAAUGGCUUUAAAAAUCAAGGACUAUAUAAUUUCUUCGCUACUGUCGGCCCAUUAUUAUUUACGGUUUAUAGUUGAUUAUCAUAGUUACAGUGGGCCUGGCUUGCCAGGUUGAGCUGCCCUUAGCCGGAGUACACGCCUGUAUUUAUAUCUACUUCUCUACUAUACACAUUACACCCAACACGAAAGUUGCCAUUUUGAGGCCGGUGUCGUCUUGUUGUUUAUAACGAAAGUCUUAUACCCAUGCAUUAACUGCAGCAAUAAUACACGCUUCUCUGUUGACAGUUGUUUGACCACAAUCCGUAUCGCAGCAUUGCCUGAGUGAAUGUGAAAGUCAAAUAAAUAGUUUUAAAGCGUAUGGAUAACAAAAAAAUUGAGAUAUUUUAUACAGAUAUUUGUAGCGGUAUCUUUCAAGUUCUUGAUGACUGCAGAUUCAUUCAUAACCAACCGUGUUAAAUCUUGUAAUAAACUAUUCCUCUAAUUUUAUAAAAAUCAUUCUGAUCUUUGUUUAGAAAUUUCCAGGCCAAAAAUCUGACCGUAGCUUAUAGCCAAUUCCAGCUUUUAGUUUAUGCGUGCAGGGGACGAUCGGAAGUAAGGUAUCACAUUGAUACCUUGAAUAAAAAUGGUGGCCGUGUAAACACGGAGUGAUAGCUUAUACUUUCAAAUAUUGAAAUAUUUCGGUUGUUUCGGUAGUUUUUAUUGAAAAUUUUCAGCAAAAUCGGCAAUAUGAUACCUUACUUCCCAUUAUCCCCUGCAGGCAUAAACUGAAAGCUGGAAUUGCCUAUUGGAAGACCUUGUGUAGACCCUUGGAAAAAUGUUUGGAUUUGAAGCCUGGAAAUGCCAUUUCGUGCACUCUGAGAGCAUUGAAUAUGACCAUUGUUAAUUUAUCCUCACUGCAUGUACCCAUUUUUUAAGUAAAAUUAGGAAAGAUCUCAAAAAGUACCAAGUACUUUAUUCAUAAAAACUUUUCUGAAUUCUUGUCUGUUACCAUGACUACUUGUAUCCUCCUUAGUCACGAGAAUAUUGGCAAUUACAAAAUUUUACUUGCAAAUUAUCUUGUAAAAUGUUCACUAACAAUCAAAAAAAUAAUUAAGCCGAUUUCCAAUGCGAUUUCUUACGUGUCAAGCGACUUACUUUAAAUAUCGAUUUAGAUUAUCGUUGUGCGCACAUAUUUUGGGCAAUUUUAAAUUUAUAUAUGCGGCACGCAGAAUACUUCAUGCAGUUGACUAUAGGUAGGUGGGGGGGGGGGGGUUGUGGAACGUUAUAAGGUCUAUCUUUCCAUAGAGGCCUUGAGUUAAACCGCUGCACUUCCCCUAAAGCUUUUCCACCUUCUCCACCAUUUCUACAAAAAUUCGGCCACGAUUGAUAGAAUGCAUGUAGUAGAGCUUACUUGAGUCGGGGGGCUUGUUAGAAAUUACGAUAAAUAUUUUUAAAGUUGGAAAACAUUUCCAUUUUUAGAAACCACCAAUUUCCUGCAAAGAUAUUCUGACAAAAUCUGCAGGGGCUACAAGUGGACUUUAUAAAAUCUCUGUUGACAACAAAGUGGUGACAGUAUACUGUGAAAUGGUUCUCCAUGGUGGAGGCUUCACCUUUAUCCCCAAGUCGGCUGUCAAGAAGGGAACCCUACCCAACCUUGUAUCACAACUUUUCACAAACCACGCUGAAGUUCUUCUGUACAUUCAAAAGAAAAAUGGAAGUCAGAUUCACACCCACAUCCGACAACUGAAAGAGCAACCGCAAACGCCUUUAAUAGUCUUGCAAAAUACAAACUCAGGUUAGUUUGUGUAAAUAUGGUUUUGAAAGCUACAUUGCUUAGUUAGUGGUGACGACCCAUUUGGAAAUGAAAAUGGGUUGCUAUAGAAAUAUGCGCUAAAAUGGUAGUGCUUUGUGAUGGUGGUUAUAGUGACAGUGUACGUUUGUAAGUGUCCAUAUUAAAAAAUUAAAUAAUAACAAACACUUUAAAUUACUUGAGUAAAGCAAAUUAUUGGUUUCCCAGUUGUUUACAUUGCUGCACAUUUUUAUGGUAUAACGAUUGCUGAUGAUGGUUGGGAUGGUAGUGGCAGUGUAAUUUUGUAAGUGUUGAUAAUUAAAAUAAUAAGAAACACUUUAUUUAGGGAACACAAAUUACAGGUUUUUCAAAAAAUUACAUUGCGCCCGCCUUUAUGGUAUAAGGAUGGGAUGGUGGUGGUGGUGAUGGUUGAAAAUUGCCAUGGAAUUAGUGUUAUGGUGGUAAUUAUAGUGGUAGAGAUUGAUGAGAAUUGCGAUUUUGGAAUUAUUCUAUGUAAGAUAUUUAUAAUAGAUUAUAAUAAUUAUUAAAUAAGUGUUAUUAUAAUAAUUAAAAAUUUAAGUGUUAUUAUAAUAGUAAAAUAUUGUUAUGGAAAUUAACGUAAUAGGAAUUCAAUUAUGAUGGUGAUGAUAAUGCAGAUGGUGAACUGUUAAUAUAAUUUGGAGUUGAUGACGAUAAAACGAGCGAGUGAUUGUGGGACUGAAUAAAGGGGGAUGUGAUACCAUCGAUAUCUAAAAAAAUUAGUAGGAGACAGCUGAUGCUUGGAGACGUGACCUGUUUCAAAUUCAUGAAGUCACGAAUAUAACGAAUAUAGUAAAGUUUACUGCAUUUUUAAUUUCUUCCAUUUCCCUAUAUUUUUCGCAUUCAAGUAUGUACAUUGAGAUUAAAAAUGGUCUCUCUGUCAUUUAAAUCUGCCUGUGCUAUGGCAAAGCAUUCGAGGUCAAUUUCAUUCGUCUAUGUUUUAGUUUUUUGUUUUCAUAAUCAAGAAAUAUAUUGGCGCCACAAAAACUAUUGUCCAUAUAAUUAAAACUUGUGACGCGUUGUUAAUACCGUAGAAUGCUUGAAACGUUCCCUGAAAUUGUUCAACAAUAUUUAGAUAAGUUCUUUGUAUGUUUGCAUGGCGAUAAAACAUAUAAUAGUUUUGUUUGUGGAAACACCACAUAAAUUUAGCCUAUUACUGCAAAGAUUUCGAUCCGUAAGCCCGGAUCUUCAUCAGAGCUAAUAAUAUGUAUUAUUAUUAUUAUUAUUAUUAUUAUUAUUAUUAUAGAUUUCACAUAUUAUUAGCACUGAUGAAGAUCCGGGCUAAUUGCGGAUCGAAAGCUUUGCAGUUAUAAAUUUACGUGGUGUUUCCACAAAUAAAAAUAUUAUAAUAUUUAGAUAUUCCGUCGUAAAAUGACAUGAUUGAAUUCUUACGUUUUUGACUAAAGUGCCCUGCACUAUUGUUACUAAACAAGGAGUUAUUUUGGAUUUAGUGAUCUUAUAAUUUUCAACAGGAUUAAAACGCUGAAGACAUCAUGUGUGUGUGAUAAUGGGUUUUCUAUCCAGUGUUUUUAUCAUUCGUGAUAAUACCAUAGUAAUGGCUAUUAUCGUUGUAAUGGGAAUAGAUGUGGUAUUGGGGACGAAAGGAACUUGUGAUAGGGGAAAUGCAAAUUUAGGAUUAUGAAUCAUUGUAUAUUGGUAGAAAUUCUCAAGCUUCUACAAAAACUAUGUUUGUGUUGGUAAUCUUAUUUCCUUUACUAGGGCCUGGUAUUACUUAUAGCAGCCCUCAAAAUUCGUUCAUGUUAGACUAUCUCUAUCUGAGCACAUCAAUUUAUGCGAACGGAUUCCUAUCCAAUUACAUGGAAGUGAAAUAUAAUCCUGGCUCUCGCACGAUUACCAGAUACUUUGCCUUCUUUCCAAACCAUCGUGAACAGAAGCCGAGUACGAGUCACGACCAUGACCUGGUGUACGAAACCCGAGGGGUUGCCGUAGAUUGGAGAAACACUGGAAUGGUUUUAACAGAAAGAAUACCUAGUAAUUUCUUUUACCUAACUGAGAUGCAUUACGGGGCAGGUGGUUGUUAUACAUCCAGUGAUCGUUGGGUUGAGGCGAACGGAACAGCAAUUGGACUACGAUAA